GGGCCAGGAGGGCCAGGAGGGCCAGGAGGGCCAGGAGGGCCAGGAGGGGAGGGGGGGAGACGGGGCAGGAGGGGGGAGACGGGGCAGGAGGGGGGGAGACGGGGCAGGAGGGGGGGAGACGGGGCAGGAGGGGGGGAGACGGGGCAGGAGGGGGGAGACGGGGCAGGAGGGGGGAGACGGGGAGGGGGGGAGACGGGGCAGGAGGGGGGGAGACGGGGCAGGAGGGGGGAGACGGGGCAGGAGGGGGGGAGACGGGCCAGCACCAACACCGACAACAACCACACCGACAACAACCACACCGACAACAACCACACCGACAACAACCACACCGACAACAACAACAACCGGCCGCCAGCCCCUGCUAUCCAAAUUGUCAAAUCAGACACCACAUGCCCCCUCCCAAAAUGGGCACACAGGGAUCGAAAGGGCCCCGGUCGAUGCCUUGUGAGGUGCACAGGUUAUAUGCUGUCAGAGGAUGCCACCAGCUGGGAGGAAGAACGUGGGAAAUUGGGCACUGCACUGGGGAACGGUAGUAUGAUGAUGACUGAGGCACAGACUGAAGCAACGGUGAUGUUCCGACCUCCGUACCUGGGAGUACGGCAGCUGCUGUCCUCGAGUGGAAAUAGCACGUGUGAAGAGGAGGGAAGUGUGAGGGCAGGGACACCAACUCAGUGUAAUCCUCUGCUGAAGGUGUAG